AUGUCGAAGUCAACAUCAUUUCCAUCAUUGAUAGCAAAUUUAAAUUCAUUACAAACACAAUUAACAUGGUGUGAAAUAAUUCAUCUUGUUCUGGGUAAUACUGGAAAUAUUUUAAAUUGCGUUGUUUUUCUACAAAAACCUCUUCGAAAGAAUUCAUGUUCUAAAUAUUUUCUUGCUUCAUCUGUCGUUAAUAUAUUUAUUCUUAAUUUUGGUAUACUGACAAAUCUUUAUUCAAUUAACUACAGAAAUCCGUUGUCAUAUUCCUUUAUUUAUUGUAAACUUCGUACGUAUAUACUACAUUCAUUAUUAAUGUUAUCAAGAACCUAUAUUGUUUUGGCAUGUAUUGAUCGAUUCGCAUUAUGUUCUCCACAUGCUAAACGUCGUCAGUUUAGUCGUCCACAUGUUGCAGAUCUUCUAAUACCUCUAACAGCUAUCAUAUGGUUUAUAAUACCCAUUCAUAUUCCAAUAUUUAUCAUAUUUGAACAACAAAAAUGUGUUAUGUUAGGCUUGUAUUAUAUAUUCUUUAGUAUAUAUGCAUUGAUAUUUGCUGGUACAGCACCACCAAUAUUAAUGAUCACAUUCAGUUUAUUAGCCUAUCAAAAUAUUCGACGUAUUCGAAAUCGAAUUCAGCCAGAUGUUGGAGUCAGUCGAGUUAGAAUAAAAAAUCGUGAUCAUCAAUUAAUGUCAAUGUUAUUCGUUGAAGUUGUUGUUUACAUUUUGUCCACCGUUUUAUAUCCAUUAAAUACAAUUUAUUCCGCACUUACUUUAUAUGACAGUAGGAAAAACGCAGAAAGACUAUCAAUAGAAAAUUUUCUCACAUUUCUAACCGGAGCAUUUCUUUUAUAUAUAAAUAAUUCGUCAACAUUCUAUAUUUAUUGUAUAACGUCAAAAACAUUUCGACAAGAACUUAAAAAGGUAUGCAUUAAUCAUUGUUUGAAAUAUAUAUUGAAAUCUCAUUUUAAUCAAACACAAACAACACAAUUCAGUGACGUUGGAUUAACACAAAGACCACUGGCAUUCAAAUUAAAAUAUCAGAAAGAACGAGAUGUUUCGAUAUACCCUAUACUAGAAGUGUAA